AUGGGAGGUUCGGCCUUUAGCCAUACUGGCCCCAACGGCGAACAGCCCUUGUCAACUCCGCGCAUCCCUUCCUCCGUUUACGCGCUUCUCCGUGACCAAUGUCUUCGGGUGCUCCGUGUCUUUUACGUGCGAGCUGCUACCCCAGUUGAACAUCCAGGCAAGGUCUCAUAUGGUGAUGUCGACGUCUUGGUGGAGCAGCCGCGACGCCACAGCUCCACUUGGGACGAUUUGGCCGCAGCCCUGAAUGCAACGCGUUAUCUGCAUACCCCAGGCAGCCCAACCAUUAGCUUCGCGAUCCCUUCAGCCGCUCUCAACAACUGUCAUUUUCAACUUGACGUUCUGUACUGUAAGCCUGGAACCUUUGACUGGCAACUUUUCACCCAUUCCUACGGAGAUCUCUGGAGCAUCAUCGGCGCGACCAUUCGACCUUGGGGUCUUACCCGAAACGAUGUCGGAUUGUACGUGAGAGUCAAAGAAGUCGAAGCGCAGAACAGGAAAGCUAGCAUGAUACUCCUUACGACGGAUCCCUCGAGAACACUGUCGUUUCUUGGGCUGAGUAAAGAGGCAUUUAGCUCAGGAUUUGAGACUUUGGAAGACAUGUUUGAGUUUGCUGCUGGAAGCCGCUUUUUCCGGCCUCAAUACUUCCAGUAUGCUUCCCUCAAAGCAAACGAUAGGCAACGACUCGCCAAGAGGCCGGCAAUGCAAAAGUUCUGGCUUGAAUGGCUGCCUCAGCAUACAGCUGACUGGAACAAAGACGAGAAUGUUACUCGCGAAAUUGUACUAGAUGAAGCUCUGACCAUCUUUGACAGGUGGGCAGAGUACGAGCUUAUCAGAGGUUAUUGGACCAAGAAGAAUGAAGAGGAGACGAUCUUGAAAGAGCUCACAGCGCGCGUUCCUCUCCAGGGGGAUAAGCUGAAUCUGCUGCUACGUGCGCUUAGACGGUGGGUCGUCUUGAUAAAUGAUACAAUCUCAUUUCGGGAUGAGGCUAUGUUGGCCGUAGAUGGAGGUGGCUUCAUUUUUGAUGGGCCACACCAAAUCACAUCUCUCCAAAAGAAACGCUUUAUUCAGUGGGUGGAAGCUAAUUGGCAGCAAGUUACUGCCAGAGAGCAAGCCAGGGUAAAGCAGGAGAAAUCGAAAAGAAUGAUUGCUUCGAAUUCUACGCCCGAAAGCCUUCAAGGUAAUAAUCUUUUAAGUGUAAAUUCCCAUGAUGCACAAUAA